AAUUAGUUGAACUUCGUUGCUCGACCCGACGAGACGAAAACGAAUUGAAAUUGGAGAAAUUCCCCAAAAACACACACAAAACCCAGACACGGGAAGAGCAGCAAACGGUCAAAGUGAAGAGCCAACAAACAAACAUACAACAACAAACUCCAACGGGCGCGCAAAAAAAGCCAACAACUUUUGACAGUGCACAAAAAUCUAAAUAAUUUGUUAAGAGAAAAUCAUUUGCAAGCAAGCGCGGCUAUAUAGAGAGGUGUAAUUACUUUCAACAAAUCGAAUUUGUUGAUUAAAAAAUAAGGAAUUUAAGAAAGAAAGCUUCCUUUUAUAUACGUGCAAGUUCCAAGUUGUGUUUGUGUGAUUCUGUGUGUGUGUGUGUGCAUGUCUGCGCUUGUCUGCCAGGAUUGCCACCUUUCCCAAAAAUAAAAGAGGAGCAAAGCAAGCUAAAUACACGCCAAAAGCAAGCAGAACACUUUUUUGGUGGCCACUCCCCAGCAAGUUGAGUCAACGCUCUGCGACUGAAAAACAAAAGUAAAAGUUCAAAAAGGGGAGCUCGUCUAGCGCCGCCGCCGCACCUCUAACAUCGCGCAGCGCCUUCCCCGGCGCCCCGCUCACCGCCUCAGCCGUCGCACUCAAGGGCGCUCUACCCCAGCGGCCACCGGCCAUGACAAGUCCCGCAGCCGCUGCCGCUGGCGCCGCCCUGGCCGCCGGUGCACCUUAUCGCGGUGCCGCCAGCUGGACCCCGCAGGGUUAUGCCCCGGCCGCUGCCGCAGCCGCCGCUGCUGUUGCCCAGCAGGCAGCCUACCGCUAUACGGCGCCGCUGCCCCAGCCGGCGUAUGCCGCCUAUACGCCGCACACGGCCACGACACCGGCCACAACCACGUACGGUCAGCGAGUGCCGACGGCAGCCUCACCGAGCAACACCAACUCGAGCAGCUCCUCGAACACUGGCUCCCAGAGCGGCACCCUGAGCACCAGCCUGAGCAACACGACGAACACCAACACGAACAUGGGUCCCAACGGCACGGUACAGAAUCAGAACCAACAGGGCGGCGAGCAGUUGUCCAAGACAAAUCUCUACAUUCGCGGUCUGCAGCAGGGCACAACCGACAAGGAUCUAGUUAAUAUGUGUGCACAAUACGGAACAAUUAUAUCAACCAAGGCUAUUUUAGAUAAAACAACAAACAAAUGUUACGGCUUCGUCGACUUCGAGCAGCCAGCCUUCGCCGAGUGCGCCGUAAAAGGAUUGCAGGGGAAGGGCGUGCAAGCUCAGAUGGCCAAAGUGGGUAUCUGGGUGCUUCAUAGGCCGGCCAUUCAACAGGAACAGGAUCCCACAAAUUUGUAUAUUGCAAAUUUGCCGCCCCACUUCAAAGAAACUGAUCUGGAGGCAAUGCUAUCGAAAUACGGACAAGUUGUUUCGACCAGAAUAUUGCGUGAUCAGCAGAUGAACUCCAAGGGCGUUGGCUUUGCCCGCAUGGAGAGUCGCGAGAAGUGCGAGCAAAUCAUUCAGAUGUUCAAUGGUAACACAAUACCGGGUGCCAAAGAUCCCCUGCUGGUUAAGUUUGCCGAUGGCGGACCGAAAAAGAAGAAUCUCUUCAAGACGCCCGAUCCGAAUGCGCGUGCGUGGCGUGACGUCUCCGCGGAGGGGAUUCCCGUGGCCUACGACCCCACAAUGCAGCAGAAUGGAGUCAGCGUGAACGUGGGCACACCCAUCGGAGUGCCCUACUCCCGCUUCAGCGCCCCCCAGGUGGGUGGCUAUCCAGUGGCCGGCUCCCAAUGGAUUCCGGGUUACAUGAUGACUCAGGUAGAUGAUCAGACUUCGUAUUCUCCACAGUACAUGCAGAUGGCAGCUGCCCCUCCGCUGGGAGUAACCUCAUACAAACCGGAGGCGGUUAACCAGGUGCAGCCCCGUGGCAUCUCGAUGAUGGUUAGCGGUGAUACGGGCGUGCCAUAUGGAACAAUGAUGCCUCAGUUGGCCACCCUGCAGAUUGGCAACUCUAACUUUUCUCCAUCGUUACAGUAUAUUAGUCCAACUUAUCCAUAUUAUGCACCACCACCAACUAUUAUACCAACAAUGCCAAUGACAGAUUCCGAACAGGCUAGCACAGCUGCAUCACCCGACGAGGCAUACACACAGUAUCCACAUCAAGCCGCUCCCAAAUAGGUCUUCGCGAGGUACUAAACAGUCUAUUCACUGGUAACCCAUACUAGCUAUAAUAUAUUAGUACCCCAUUUGAGUACUAUAUAAAUUGGACGAGAGUGAGAGCAAGCCGGAGGCGGAGAAGCGGAAAAGCCAAGGAGGGAGGAGAAUCAACAUCAAAAGCAGAGGAUCGGAUAAAGGAGUCUACAACAACCACCACAUGAACAACAACUAGAAGAGGGAACUGCUGAAGCAACAACAUCGGCAGAAGAAACAAAAACCCAGCAUCCAGAAUCUAGAGAAAAGCCAUCCCGUAAUGCCGGGAAAAUCCCAGAGAGCGGAGGCAGAAAAAUAAUGUAUAAAUAAGGCGGUUGGAUGUGAGGAUGAAGUUUAGGGGGUACAUGAAUGCGAAAAGAAAAGCCGGUCUCCGAAGAGACGAGCGCAUAGGACGCGAGAAAAAAAGUGAAGAAAAGCAAAGACUUAACUUAAAUAAUAGAGAAUAGUUAUACACUAAAUAAACAACCAGAGAUGCAAAAGCAGCGCGGCAACCAUUGCCAAAAGAAACAGCGGCAAGUGAGAGAAAAGAGCAGUCGAAAAUAUUUACAAAAAAAAAGAACUGCAGGAUGCAAAGAGAAAGGAAAGUCAAAGAAAAUUCACUUGGGGGUCGUAAGAACUUGAGGAAAUCUGCUGAGAAAAAAAAAACUAUCGCAGAUUAGAGUUAAGUUAAUUUUGUUAAGCGCAAAAGUAAAAAACCACUGCAUGGGGAAAACCGAUGGCAAGAGCGAUGUAAAAAUAGAAGGGAAAAUACAAAGAAACUAUUUUGCUAAUUUUGAGCUAGCAAAACCUAAGCAGACAGAAAUUUGUGAAAUGAAAGAUGGAAAAAAACCGAAACAGAAACAAAAAUAAAUGUGUGUGCAAUGUAUGUUAAAAACUCGUAAGGAAAAACAGAGCAAAUAAAAACGAAACAAAAUCCAUUUCGAUGAUGAUAUAUAAACAAAGCAUAAAUCUUAAGUCAAACUGCAGCGGCAACAAAGAAACCCCCAGAAGAACGAAGAAAGCGCAACGAUGCGCAGAAGAGAGCAAAACUUUUUUACCUUAGAGGCAACGUUUUCUUUGUUGUGGCCUGCUAAAGAAGAUUUUUACGAUGAAACUCAGACUCUACCUAUGUUUUGUUCUGUUUGUCUAAUUUGUAAUAUUUAUUUUGUAUUUUUGUUGAAUCGUGUUGAACAGCACAAAGAACGGAAGCAGAAGAAAGCGUAGAUAGCCACAAAAAGAAAGGAGAUCUUUGGUUUUUUUCUCUCCAUUUGUUGGUUUCUUGAACCAAACAUGCAAAUUGUAUAAAGCAAAGAUCCGAAGAAAGGAAAAAAGAAAAAACAAACCCUAAAAAGAAUUGUCUAUUCCCCCUCUCUCCAUUUGACAUUCGUUUUGUGCUAUCCAAGCAGUCAGAGAAAGAAGAAAAAAACAAAUUCAAACGAAAAAAAAUGAGAAGAAAAAGCCUUUGAAACGGGCAAGAACCUAGUAUUAAGUCUUAGCAAAACAAAAGUAAGAAAAUUGCAGUAAGCAAAAACAGAUUUAGUAGUUCUAGAGAUCUAAAAGAAAGCAGAAGACGGGAGAAUAAGCAUAAGCUUACAAAGACCGAGAAGAAAUGGGGAAUCUUGUACUAGUUUUUAGCAUAUUUUUUGUGCUCAUCAGUCGAUUUAAUGAAUGAAUUUUUUGUAGCUGUCUACAGUUUUUUACGUUAACUGUUUUUUAGACAUAUUAAUGAGGAAAGUAAAAACCAACAAAAACAACCUAGAAAUAGUAUAUUUUUUCUGCAUAUGACAAGUUGUUGAGGAAAGAGAAGAACGAUGUUUGAUUAGCAUGGAAACCAAGAGGCAAACACUUUUUAAAAGGGAAUAGCGAAACAAACCGAGGCAACACACAAAAGUAGCGAAACACAGAAAACAGAAAAUAAAAUUUGAAACUGUAGAAUUGUAGUUUAGCUUUGUGAAGGCUGGCGAAGAAUGUACGAUUUUUUGAAGGAUCAGCUAGGAUCGAAAAGAACAACAGCAACAACAACAGCAGCAGCAACAACAACUGGCACAGGCAGUAGCAGAAAUGUAUAACAAAAACCAAGAAAAUUAAUGUUAAAUUAAACAACAAAAAAGAAAAAACAAAAUAAUGAAGUAAGAUAGAAGAAACUACGUUUAGUAAACUUAGUUAAUAAGCGAAGAUUUCUUUAGUCUUGUAAGCGUCUCUUAAGUAGAGUUGAACAUGAAGUUGAGUAUGGAGUUUAGAAUUGAAAUUAAACCUUUGUCAAAGCCUAGCAUAUUUAUUUUUCCGAGACACACACACACACACUGACACACAAACACAGCAAGACACACCAACACGGACGCACCUAUCAAGCCUAAGCAUUGUAUUUGUGAUUUUUUCGAAUGUUAAUUGAUUAACGAAACACGAUGAGCAAAAUAAGCGAAACAAGGGAAACAUCAAGUGGGCGAUGUGGGUGGGAGAUAGUGUGGCGAAGUGAGAAAUUUUUGAGAAUCUCCGUUUGAGCAAGGACACCCUCUCACCACAAACAACAUUCCUGAGCAAAGUCUUUGAUUUGAUUUUGAUAUAAAAAAAAUUUGUAUGUGUUGAUACGAUUUGAUUUUCGAGUUUAGAGCUGUCGAGUCGCCUAACUGAACUAUCUACAUAUAUAUAUACAUUAUAUAUAUAUACAUAUAUAUAUAUAUAAAAACGUAAGAAACACAACGCCAAAAGUCUUCCUAAGCCUAAAACCAAAACAACAACAUAAUGCAAAUGUUUUUUUUUUUAUUACGAUUAUUUGCUUUAGACUGACUACGAACUGAAACUGUAACAAUAACAACAAAUGCAGGAUUGUAAACCCAAAAACAAAAAGAAAAGAAAAGAAAAUGUAACACAUACACCUAGAAUCACCUCCUGAAGUUAAUGCAGGCAUCGAAAAAGAUAUCUAUUUUGCCAAGACAUUCCAAAAGCGAAAUUGUUUAAAGAGAAAUUCGUGCGAGAUGCCUGCAUUUGUUGUCCUAUAAAUGAAGAAUCACAAAUACAAGUACCACUCAUUGGGAGGAUAUUUUUGAAAGAUUUUCAAUCCUGUUUUCCUCGAAACAACUACAAAAACACGCCCACGCACACGCAUACACCUCCACCCUCUCAAAAAAAAAAAACAAACAAAAAAUCACACACAAAGUGCAAUUUUGUUUCUAAAGUUUUCUUUGAUUUUAAUUUGUUAGCAGGAAAAGCAACUUAAGCAAAUUGAGAAAGCAUUAAGGUCUAAGUUAUUUAUAAAUCGACGAAGGAAACGAGUUGAGCUGGGGGCGUGUCUUAUCGCCCCCUCCCUAGGAAAGUGAAAAUGAAAUUUAUGUUUUAGUGAACGGUAAUGAAAUCGAGUCGAAGAAGCAGGAGAAGAAACCUAGUAUAUAAGAUCAAAGCCUAGUGCGUAAGUUUAGAAAAUCUAAGUACAGUGUUGACAAGCAAAGAAGAACGCAGAUGCGGAAACGAGUAGCGUAUUUCGAGAAAAGAAAUGUAGCAAGAAAGACGGAGUCGAGUAGGACAUAUGAUUUCUAGUUGGUAGCGAAAGGAGAAAGAUUAGUUGGUUAGUUGGAGUGCAACACACGUAGACAGUUGUAGUUUUUGUGUAGUUAGAGCGACAGUGUUGAAGAAUGCCGCGUCGCACAGUUUGAGGUUAGGUUUAAUUUCUGAAUAUAAGCGUACGGAUGAGACGAAACGAUAAAAGCAAGAACGUUGGCGAGGGUAAACAAUAAAAAUCAACCGACGAGGAGUGUUCUAAUCUAAAGCUAUACUGACUUUUUGUGUGUGUAUUUAAAUCUACUUUGACAAGAAACCAAACUGGGAACUCGUUUGUUUUGCGUCUGUAUUUUGUUUUAUUUUAACGCGUUUUACUUUAGUUUUUUAACUAAUUUUAAGUAGUUAAUUUAUUAUUUGUCUUAAAAUCGUCGAGACCCCAAAUAAGAUUCAAGAUUGCUUGGGUAUCUCGCCUCUGAUUGAAAACCUCUCGCAAGAGAAGUGAAUCGAUUAAAUUUGAUGCAAGUGUUGAAGUAAUUUUUAAAAUUCAAACAAAAAAAAUGUCUAGUGCGUAAAAUUGAAAACUAAAAACAACAAAAAUUUCAAUAAAAACUAAAAAAAAAAAUAAAUAAAUCAAUUUGUUUUUAAGUGCGUUUUUCAUCGUUUAGUUUUGCGUUUUCAUUCAAUGUGAUUUCUUAGUAGAAAAAUGUUUGCUAUAUGAAUUACCAGUACGCUUUUUCAACCCACACCAAAUAGUUUCCAAUAACGAAUUCCUAAAUUAAUUCCUAAUUGAUCCCCACUUUAUUAAAUUAGAUUGUGUUCUGAACAGGAGGCAAACUUAGUCGUCUUAGUCGUUGUUUAGGGGCGGGCAGAGCAGAGCGUAAGUGUCGAGCUGGAGAAAUAAAUAAACAUUUUUUAAUUAAGCCAAUUUAAGGAAAUGAUGAAUAUAUAUUUUUUUGAAACUUUUUUGACGAAACCAUGAAUAUAAAACAAAACAAACAAAAAACAAAAAACAUAAAGAAAAACACAUAGAGGAGGAAUGAACGCUAGCAAAUCGAUGGGAAUAUGGAAUAUGGGGCAUGGUGGUAUGAAAACAAGCUCAUUAUAUUUAAAAAAUAAAUAAGACAGUUUCGGAAUGGAAAAUAAACGCAGAGGGAAUGCAGUAGGAGAGUAAGGGGAAAUGAAGAGAACACGACGACAAAUGCGUAAACUAACUUUAAGUAAGCGUAAAAUGCAAGCAGCUAAUUAAACUUAGAAACAGAAAAUACUUAAAUGAGAGUAAUGUACAUUUCGCUUGUUGCUAUUUUUAAGUUUUAAAUCAAAGUCUUUUAAAGAACUUUAUUCAUUUUCUUAUUAACAAUGAUAACAAAAAAAAACCCAAAAACCACAAAAAAAUCAUGCAAAGCAAAUGCGCAAACUGGUAAAAUUAAAUCAGACGAAAAACCAAACUAAAUCUCUCUUUGUAAUCCUCCAGCAAAAAAAUGCAAGAAUAAUGAAGAUCGAUCGAAAGCAUGAGGAAUCCUUUUCAACUCUCUGUGUAUUUUUUAAAGUAUUAUUUUUUGCAUCAAUGUGACGCUUUUAAGCAUUUUUAUAUGGCAAAAGAAUUGUAUUCAAAUCUCUAGUAAAAGCUAAAAAGAAGAACACGCAAAAACCGAAACUCGAAAACCAAAAAAAAUGACAAGAAAAGUGUGAAAAAGCGCAAUCUUUGCUACAACUUUCAAAUUUAUACGCGUACUUUUUGUGCCCUCAACUCUAAUGCAAAAGAUCAUUCAUGAAGGAUAACUGAAUUGGAGAUCGAGAGAUAACAGUUUAAACAAAAACCCCAAAAUAAAAAGGAUGAAAAAGUUUGAAAAUGAGAAAUUAGUUUAAGCAAAACAUUUUGCAGCUUUUGUGCUUAUUUCGCUUAAGACUAGUUGAACAACAAAAACAAAAAAAAAAACACAGAAAGUAAAUGACGAAAAAAAAAAUUAAAUCUAAUUGUAAGUAAAAAAGAAAUGAGAAUAGAUCAGUAUAGAACCGAACCGGAAGCGGAAGCGAAAGAAUCAAGCAAGAAGCUAAGCGAGGGCAGGCUGAGAAAUUCCUGCCCCGACUUGAAAGCUACACAGAAAGCAUUAAAACCGAAAAUAGCAAAAGAUUUAACUGUGGACGUUGAGUUGAAGUGUUGAAGAACACAUAAAAGAAAAAAACACGAGGAAAACGUCUCUUUGGUAAGAAAAAGGAAAACCUAAAGAGCAAAUGCUGUCAUCCAAAAACCAAAAAAAAAAAACACAAAAAAAUGAAACUGAACUUUUUCUGAAUCAAUAAAAGACAAAUUGAUUUUCUGU